ACGACAGACAAGCGUUGCAACUUAUUAGAGUUUAUUUAUAUGCACUUCAAAGAGCCUGAGAUGUGAUGUGUGCAUAGAAUUCAACCUAAUUCAUUGGAUAAUAAAAUUUUCGGGAAAUAUUAAUUUUGAUGACAUUUUAAACGGACAAAUUCAACGUAAUACAUUUUAUUUAUCGAACACGAUACAGUUCGAUUGAAGAAAAAAAAUAAUCAUCGACAGACGCAAAACAUUUAAAACGCCCACCCUCAUCAUCAAAAUGGUGUUGAGACAGCAGCAACAGCAACAAAGUGGAGUACCACUUACCGUUUUAUUCAUAACAUUGUGUUUGUGUGCAUUUGUGAAUGCAUACGUGAUCAAAGAUGAUAUGUGUACCGAUUUAAACACAGCAACAUGUACCUGUUAUAAUGGUGGUGAAUUCGAAUUAGAGUGCACGAAAAAAAAUAUAAGUAUCAAAUUGGAAGUCAUACUGCAACGUGUUGAUAUUGAGUGUAACUAUAAUAAUGAUCGACGAAUUUAUACAUAUUUGCCGGAUCUAAAGUUAUCAAACAUGAGUUCUGGUCCCGGUAUCGAUCAGGUGAAGUUCAAAUAUUGCCCAUUGCCCGAAGGAACAACGAUAAAAGGUGUCAUUGUCGAUAAAUUGGGCAUUGAUCGCGUUCAAACGUUAACAUUUUCCAGUAAAUCGGACAUGCAAAUGCGACGCGAACAAUUGAUCGGUUUGACUUCAUUGCGAAGUCUUCGAUUUAAUGGUCCAAUUUCCGAUUUAUCGGAAGACGCAUUCAACGGUGUCCCAAACAUUACCGCAUUAGAAUUACGUUCGACCAAUGUGCAUUUACCAUUGAAUAUUUUCAAGAAUUUAAGCGAAUUGGAAUUUCUCGAACUUGGAUCGAAUGGCCUGAAUGAUUUGGCGUCCGGCAUCUUUAGCAAUCAACGUAAAUUAAAGCGAUUGAAUUUAUGGGCAAAUAAUUUGCGAAAUUUGACAAAGGAUUCAUUCAUUGGUGCAACAUCGGUGACCGAUUUAGAUUUGAGCAGCAAUAACAUUGAAAUGUUUCAACCCGAUAUAUUUGAACAUUUUAAAGAUUUGGAAAAUAUCAAUCUUGGCACCAAUCGAUUUAUUGAAUUACCCGUCGGACUAUUCAGCACGAAUAAAAAACUGAUGAGAAUUCGUUUAAUGUAUAAUCGGGUCGAUUUGAAAACACUGCCCAACGGUCUGUUGGCCAAUUUGCCACAACUCCAGGAAGUGAUGAUUCGGUGUAACCUUCAAUUUUUGCCCGGUGAUCUAUUAAAUGGUUCAACACAAAUUGAAAAUGUUACACUUUCAUCGAAUAAAUUGACAACACUGCCCGCUGAAUUCUUCAGCACACAAACCGAUAUGGUGAAUUUGGACUUGAGCGACAAUCAAUUAACAGAACUACCGGAAAUUUUUUUCAAUACCAACAAAAAACUUAAAAAGAUUACAUUAUCGAAUAAUAAUCUUACUAAGAUUUCAGG